AUGGAGACUGCCACUUCGAGUCCAAUUUUUUCUCCGCUCGAUGCGGCCGACUUAGAACUCAGUGGCCUGCUUGGACCCGUGGAAGAAACAGGACAACGACAAUGUCACAAGCGUCGUCUUCAUUCUUGGGGUGAUAUAUUUUACAAGGAAAUUCCCCUUGACAUAGCCAUGGGCUCUCCAGAAGCCGCUGCUGCCAAGGCAUUUGUCACCAUACCAAGCGCCCUUAUAUCGCGUGCAACAUUGUGUUACCUGGGCUUCUCUGAGCUCAAGGUCGACGAGAUGUGGAACGAAUGGUCUAACUGGCCUGGCCGCGAGAUUAAUAUCAACACUGGCGAUCUCCAAGGCACCUUUCUUGCCUUCAUUCUUGGCCAUGUGAAGAAGGAAAACGCUUAUACAGACGACGAUUCGGAGUGGCGCCGGUGCCUUGACGAAUGCGGUAAGCCGCAAAAUGAGUCAACUGACGCCAACGAGCGAGCACAACCCGACAGACUUCAAUCUCAGUCGCCUGCUGCAAUCUCAACUCUAGAAGGCUUACCGCCUGAGGUCCAUCGCUUGCUAUUGUCCAUGCUUGGCAUCGAUGAAAUGCGCGCUCUUGUGUCGUCGAGCCCCGUCAUUCACGCCAGGUAUCUUGUUGACCGCAGAUAUUUACUCUGCAGAUCGCUGGAUAAUACGUUAGGAUGCGUCUUUAUAGACGCCUUGGCCGUAUUCCGGUCGAGCUCUGCCGACUUUGCUAAAUUACGCACGCGUGAGAACGUCACUGGCUUUCUGAAGCUCUACCAGGAUCAACGAGGUGCCACCGAGCAACCAUUACUCCCACGAGACGUUGGCGAAGAUGAAGCAGUCGGUGUGGUCAUGUUUCAUAACUCCAUUGUUCAGCCUCUCGCUCGGUAUUACUUUUCGUGGUCAUUGGGAAAUCUCGCACGUGAACAAGGAGCUUUGCAAAGCCAUGAGCCGCCGAGUCGCACAGAGGAGACGCGAUUGGUGCGUGCCAUGUAUCGAUUUCAAUUGUCCUGCAACCUGUUUGGCAGAGGCAAACAUGCUCCAACGCUGAGCCCGCCACUGGGGUUUGAGUCUGCUGACAUCUUGCGACUCUUUCUCUGUUUAUUUGAACCCUGGGAGGUUGAGGAGAUUGCUUGCAUCAACACCUUUGCAACAGAAAAAUAUGACCGAGUUUUCAGCGAUAUCCGCUGGGACGUACAUGAGGAGAAUCCCAAGUUCGACGGCCAGCGACCGCCAACCCCAGACGGCGCUUUUGACUUUGACAACAGCUGGACCAGAUUAUCCCUCUUGAGAGGAACAAUCUCCCGCGGUCUCGAGUUGCUGCAUUCCGUUAUUUUUAAAGUCAAGGAUCACGAGCAUCUAGUGUCGAUGAUGCAAGAGGAGAUUUCAUUUCCGUUGGGCAACGUGCUCGACGAUGCGUUCAGCGAGGGCGCGCAGUUCCAUAGGCGCCGCAAUCAUCCGUCGAAACGGGAUCUCAAGCAAACCCGGCGAUGGACAAUUAUAUGGCACGGAACCUACAGUAACUUGUAUGGAUACUAUGUCCAAGACUCCAUACGCCGCUGGGGCUACGUUAUUUGGGAUGCAGUGAGGCUGGAGCGAACCAACGCAACGGAAGUGUUGGCACAACAAUGGAGAGAUGAUUGGGGCGAUAGCGAUCCGAGGAAUAAUCUUCUGUAG